CAGGAUGGAGCUGCUGCAGCGGAUGCGUUCCCCUCGCCUGUCCUUCGUCCAGACGCUGGUGUCCCUCUUCCUGGGCGGCACGGCCCUCAUGUCCUCCUACUGGUGCGAGGGGAAGCAGAAGGUGCCCAAGCCGCUGUGCACGGCCACCAAGCACACCAGCUGCAUCCCGGUCCCCGGGGUCUCCAACUCCAACAUCCAGUUCUCCUGGGAGACGGGGGACGACCGCUUCGUCUUCCCCACCUUCCACACGGGCCUGUUCGUCACCUGUGAGGAGAACAUCUACGCAGACUCGUGGGAGGAGAAGUGUCGAGGGUUUUACACUCUCACCCCCCGGUCGGAGAAAGCCAUGAUGUGGCUGUCUCUGUCCCUGGAGCUGCUGUACGUCGGCCUGCUGCUGAUCAGCUGCACUCUGCUGUCGGUACAGCUGGGCAUGAGGGCCUGGGGCCCCUCCACUCAGCGCUGGGGCCAGCUGCUCAACUCUUUUGCGGCUGUUUUCACAGUCCUGGGAGGUCUGCUCGGGAUGGUGGGUCACAUGAUGUUCAUGCAGGUGUUUCAGACGACGGCCACGAUGGGACCCGAGGAUUUCAAACCUCACAGCUACGGCUACUCCUGGGCGUUCUACGUGGCCUGGUUUGCCUUCACCGUCUGCAUGUCCGCCGGCGUCUCCACCCUCAACAACUACACCAAGAAGGUCCUGAUGGAGGGCCCCCGGCCGCUCUUCAACGCCUGGACCUUCAGCUCUGUGGGGCUCCUGCCGCCGGCUCCUCACUACGCCCCCCCCAACGCCGCCAUCACCCUGGCCUCCCCCCCGUCACCUCCCCGGAUCUCCCACCUGUCUCCCUACUACGCGCCCGCCUCCACCAAGCUGCCGGCCUCCGUGUCGAGGCUCACGUACUCCCGCUCGCUUCCUCUCCCCCACUCUGAGUCCUUCCCUCCUCACCCCUCCAGCCCCGCCCCCGCGUCCCCGUUCCACCGCCUGUCCCUCCCGUCAACGUCUCCAUCCCCCGUGGCGUCCGUCUCCGUGCGCAUGGCGCUGCCGGCUCACAGGGAGCACCCCUUCGAGCCCGGGGACGACUACAGCCCGCUUUGACCUUGUGAUCCAGGCUGACCUCUUCAGUCUUGGCAUUGGAGGUCAAUGUUUGUCAUGGACUUGUCAUGUGCUCUUGAUCCACAUUCCAGUCUCCAGACUCAACGAAGUAAUUAGAUUUGAUCAUAAUCAUCCUGAUCUAAUAAAGAAGGAGAAUUAUUGAAAUGUGUUCUUUGUUAAAUCCAGUGGAACCAAAGGGCUCAAUAUAACAACAACUCAAACUCAUAAAUAAAAGUAUAAUAUUCUGAAUCAGCGACUGAGUGAUUGUUUUUCAUCGUCUGAGGCUCUGCACUCGGCCCCAGAAAGGCUGGAUACGCCCCUGCUGAAGAGAGACAAUCAGACUGAACACUCUUCACAAUUGAUCAAAUUAAUAUUAAAUAAAUGUGAUCAUCAGAACGAUCUCAUCUGAC